GCGGUGUGCGGUGUCUAAUCAAGUCUAUCUUUGAUAACCCGUGACAUAAGUGACAUCUCAGAAGUUGACAGACGUGUUUUCUUCGAUGUUUAUCUUGCUGCUGUCGAUCCUUGAAUCGCGCUGCCUGCACGGUUUUCCUCUAUCUGAAUGUAAAAACAAUUAACAGGAGUCGCGGUAGGCGGUAAUCAAGGAGGCGACAAUUAAUUAACGACUGCUGCCACCGCAGCGAACAUGACCGGCCUGGGCAUGGAUUUCGAGGAUGAUUUCUUCUUCGAGGAGGACAAAAUUUUGACUCGAGCGGGUGACGCGACCUUGACGUCCGCAAAGGGCGGUACGCCCGGAGAUUCGUGUGGCCCGACCACGGACAAAGCUUCUAUCGCUCUGACCACCGUACCAUCGGCUAGCGUCGAAUUGCACCAACUGGCUAUGAUGGAAGAUCGCAUACCAGACAUAGAGCUGGUCAUGCAAGAUCAGUGUACACAGCAGCGACUCACCAAUCAGAUGGGCAUGACAAUCACGUCCGGGAAUGUCAUGAUACAGAAGGAUGCCAGCAAUCUCAUUGGCAUCAGCAUCGGCGGCGGCGCGCCGCUUUGUCCAUGUUUGUACAUCGUGCAGAUAUUCGACAAUACACCCGUCGCCUUGGACGGCACUCUGCAAGCCGGGGAUGAGCUUGUGGCAGUGAACGGAGCGUCGGUAAGGGGCAAGACUAAAGUGGAGGUCGCAAAGAUGAUACAAUCCUGCAAUUCGCAAGUCAGCAUCAAUUAUAACAAGUUACAUGCCGAUCCGAAACAAGGCCGCACACUCGACAUCGCUCUCAAAAAGGUGAAGCACAGACUGGUCGAAGGGAUGGGUAGCACUACAGCAGACGCGCUCGGCCUGUCGCGGGCCAUUCUGUGCAACGAUGCCCUCGUCCAAAGGCUGAUGGCGUUGAAGCGUACGGAGAACUUUUACAGAGGUCUCGUCGCGCAUGCCAAGGCUACCUUGCACGCCUUUUUUGAUCUGACGCAGAUCUACAAAGUGUUUGGAGACGCCUUCGCGGCUAUAGGGGUGCGAGAGCCGCAGCCGCGCGCCAGCGAGGCUUUCAGGCAGUUCGGCGAGCAGCACAGGCAAAUGGAGAAAUUCGGAGUGACGAUGCUGAAGACUCUGAAGCCAAUACUGAACGACCUGGGAACGUACCUGAAUAAAGCCAUACCGGACACGCGCUUGACAAUCAGCAAGUACGCCGACGCAAAGUUCGAGUACCUGUCUUACUGCCUGAAGGUGAAGGAGCUGGACGACGAGGAGCAGAGCUGCGCCGCUCUACAGGAACCGCUUUACCGCGUGGAAACGGGCAAUUACGAGUACCGUCUGGUGCUGAGGUGUCGGCAAGAAGCUCGCGCGAGGUUCGCCAAGCUCCGCUCGGACGUGCUGGUGAAGCUCGAGUUGCUGGACAACAAGCACGUUCAAGACGUGGUGUGGCAGCUGCACAAGUUCGCUGCCGGCCUGGCCAAGUACUACGCCAGCACCCGGGAUCUGUUGUCGGUGGUGACGCUGUUCCCGGUUGAAGUGGAUCUGUCGCAUUCCGCGUUCCAGUACAAAUCCACUGGCCCGCAAACGUUUGCGGAUGCGAGCGAUGACAUCGAAGAGUAUGAGCCGGAAGAGAAACAACAGAACGUGAACGAGGAGCUUCUUAUCGACACGUCGAAUUUUCCGCCGGAAACAACCGACAAUACAUAGCGAUGCUUAUUGAACUCUCGAAAGAACCUCGAAGUAGAUAAGACGAUUUUUAUAACGGUUGGCAAUGUAUAGGAAGGCUUAAAUUAAUUCCGUCACGUCCAAUGGACGAUACAUUCCCUUUGAUGCAUUUCUUAAUUGUUCUAUAGAACAGAGAAAGUAUUGUUUACCUAAUCUUUCAUUAUGCAUAAUGCAGUAUAUAAAUGAUAAUAUUUCUGCGUAACUAUUCGCUGUAUAUAAUACGACAGAACGUAAUAACUACUUUAAAUAUGUGUCACAAUUCACAGAUACGAAGUACGUGUUUUUAAUACCUUUUCAUCUAUGUAUUUUCAAAAAUAUGUUUAGCAAACAAAUUAUUCCUUAUCUAGUAUUGUUUUCUAAGUCGAAGCAAUAUUUGUAUUGAACAUAAGAUGAUGUUAAUUAGCAAAUGCGACAGAUAGAUAUUUAUAAACUAUAUAAAUAUAACAUAUAAUGUAGUACGUAACAUGUACUACUAAUUGUAUAUUUACAAUAAUAAGUUAAUAUAUACAAAAAUUAUUAUA